UGGGACACACUUGUUGCCCCGAAUCUUUCGAAUUACUCAGAACUUGGGGGCUCGCUAGUGAUGAAGGGCUGUACAAGUUCCUGACAAAUUAUACUUUAUUUUUAUUCAUCCUUUGUUUGGCAUUACAAGGACAUACAAUAUUAAUAUUGCGGCACGUUAUCGCUAUCGAAGAUGAAUACCAGACCAGCGAUAGAGAACUCGAGAAAUCCCGCAGCCUUAUCGGCUUCCUUCAACCACGAUGCCAGCUGCUUUGCCAUUGGGCUUGAUACAGGAUUUCGUGGUGCGUUCCUAGGCAGCUCCUCAGGAAAGCGACCUAAUUAAAAAAAAUGUAGUAUUCAACACAGAAGGAUGUCAACAACGAGUUACCAGAGGUAUUUAUCAACCACAACUUCGCGGGUAGGCAACGCUGAUCGGGAGAUAGAUUUCAACGGUGGAGUUGGAAUAGCAGAAAUGCUUGGAAAGACCAACUAUAUUGCUCUAGUUGGUGGUGGGAAACAACCAAAGUUUGCCCAAAAUAAGGCAAGCGGAUACUGGGAAUUUGAAUUCAUGUUUGUAACCUAACAUCGUCGUAGGUAAUCAUCUGGGAUGAUUCGAAACGAAAGAUUGCCGCACAACUAUCGGUCCUUACGUCUGUUAGAGGCGUUCGGAUUUCGAGGACUCACAUAGUCGUCGCACUUUUGAACAGCAUACGCGUCUACCUCUUCCAUAGUACGCCUGAGCUAUAUCAGGCUUAUGAAACUGCAGGAAAUCCUUAUGGUUUAUGCUGCUUGGGGGCCAGUAUCUUGAUAUUUCCUGGUAGAACGGCUGGUCAAGUACAAGUGGUUGAACUCAAUACUGGAAAUGUUAGCAUUAUACCCGCUCAUUCGGGGGCUCUCCGAGCUCUAGCUUUAAGUCGUGAUGAGGAGGUCAUUGCAACUGCCAGCGAAACCGUACGUCCUCAUUCAUUGCCCGUGUGUUUUUGAAAAGUUUCUAAGCUCAUAUCGACGCAGGGAACACUUGUCCGGGUGUUUGCAACAAGUAAUUGUGCGAAAAUAGCUGAACUCAGACGAGGUGUUGAUCAUGCCGAUAUUUUCUCUAUUUCCAUUGCUCCUUCGGGACAGCUUCUAGCUGUUACUUCAGAUAAGUCUACGCUCCAUAUUUUCGAUAUUCCACAUCCCUCGAAGCCUCCGAGAUCUGAAUCAGAGCUUGGCCAUCGACGGCUUACAUCCCUUGGGGGUGGUGGCAUCAGUAGUCCAUCGACGCCGGAUUCUGAUACCAGCAACAAGUGGGGAAUUCUAGGGAGACUUCCUUUGAUGCCUCGAGUGUUCUCAGAUGUAUAUUCUUUUGCUACAGCGGCAUUUUCGACUGGCGAGGAGCCUUUGUCGGCGUCUUCUAAUCCACUAACAGCAAGCGAGGCUGGACCAAAACCCACGAAAGGCCUCAUUGGAUGGACAAGUGAUGAAAGUUUGAUUGUUGUCGGAGCAGGCACCGACAGUCGAUGGGAGAAGUUCAUCAUUGCCGAGGGUGAAGAUGGCAAGCGUUACUGUAUACGGGAUGGCUGGAAGAGGGUUCUGAGAGUCGAGUAGAUUCCCUUUUCUUUUAAUGCAUAUAUAUCACGGCACGGCAAGGAGUCAGGAUACCAUCAUGAUCGGAGUUAUUAGGGUACGUCGUGUAUGGUUGGACAAUGCGCAUGGAUUUGAGGCUUAUUUAUGCACAAGAACUUGCAUAUAGCACCAACUGGAUCAUAGAAUUGUUAA